CACCCCGUCAUCGGCGGUGUGUCUGCGGAUUCCAGCUCAUCUUCGUCCACAGGCUAAGUGAGUAUGGGGGAUUUGAUGGUGUCACGACGCGCAGGCCUCUCUCCCACUGUCACCCCACAUGAUGUUUCCUCGUCUUCAUCAUUUUCACGGGCAUGAUGCUCGGGGCUUCACAGAUUGAGCUUCAUCACCUCGAACAGGCGAUACAUCACAUCUGCAGGUACGAUCGUUAAGAGGUUUGUAAAGAAACCUCAGAACAUCACGCACAACCUCAGGUCAUGGAAUGAAGGGAGUUCAUAGACGACUAAAACAACUGGAGAAAGAUCCAUAAAUAAAAGAAAGUGACAUAAAAAGGGCAAAGAAGAAGAAGAUGGGGUGCGGUCAGGUUACGUUUCUCCUGGGCUCUACAGUUCCCUCCGUCAGCCGCCAGUCAAAGCUGGAGUCUCCUCGCUAAAACCCGAGCAGCUCGUUUCACCCGCUGGAGGAGUCCCCACCCUCGGUGAUGUGAUGAAUAAGUUUGAAGUCCUUGGCAUUGUGGGAGAAGGAGCGUAUGGAGUGGUGCUUAAGUGCAGACAUAAGGAAACCAAUGAGCUGGUGGCCAUUAAGAAGUUCAAAGACAGUGAAGAAAAUGAGGAGGUCAAGGAGACGACUCUUCGGGAGCUGAAGAUGCUUCGGACACUGAAGCAGGACAACAUUGUGGAACUCAAGGAGGCCUUUCGCAGGAGGGGGAAACUCUACCUGGUCUUUGAAUAUGUGGAGAGGAACAUGCUGGAGCUCUUAGAAGAACUGCCCAACGGAGCAGCGCCAGACAAAGUCCGCAGCUACAUCUACCAGCUCAUCAAAGCCAUCAACUGGUGUCACAAGAAUGAGAUAGUACACAGAGAUAUCAAACCUGAGAACCUCCUCAUCAGCUCUGAGGAUGUUCUCAAACUCUGUGACUUCGGUUUUGCUCGUAACCUGUCGGAGGGAACUGACGCCAACUACACAGAGUAUGUGGCCACGAGGUGGUACCGCUCGCCUGAGCUGCUGCUGGGGGCUCCCUAUGGAAAAGCCGUGGACAUGUGGUCGGUGGGGUGUAUCCUCGGGGAGCUGAGUGAUGGACAGCCCUUGUUUCCUGGGGAAAGUGAGAUUGAUCAGCUCUUCACCAUCCAGAAGGUUUUGGGUCCGCUCCCUGCAGAGCAAAUGAAACUCUUCUACAACAACCCUCGAUUUCAUGGAAUCAGGUUUCCCUCAGUUACUCAUCCUCAGACUCUGGAGAGAAGGUACCAAGGCAUCUUGAGUGGUCUGAUGUUGGAUCUGAUGAAGAACCUGCUUCUGCUAAACCCCACCGAGCGUUUUCUGACGGAGCAGAGUUUGAACCAUCCGGCCUUCCAGCCUCUGAGGCAGGUGGAGAGAGAGAGGCCUCCUCCUGCAUCUCCCAACCCGCCGCGCUCCUCCAAGAGGAAAACACACCAUCAUGGAGAGAACACAGUCCCCACCAGGAGUCACACUAAGAGCUCAAGCCGUCGCUCCAACAGUAAAGAGUGCUCCAGCCUCCCUCGCCACGGGGACCUCCAUCACCUCGGCAAUGAGAGUUUCCUGAAUGGCAACAAACCGGCCCCGUCCAGUUUGAGUCCUACACUCCACUCCAAGGUCCAGUACAUGUCCCAGACCCUCAAUCGCUCUGCCUCAUCCAACAAAGACCUGGCUAACAACAACCUGCCACACCUCCUCAGUCCCAAAGAAGUUAAAGGAAAGACUGAGUUUGAUUUCAGCUUGGGACCCUCCCCAAAGCUGCCAGACCAGGGGCACGGUGGAAAGUACGGCCACAGCAAACCCAGCUCGUCUCGCUCUCAGCAGCAGCAGCAGCAGCAGCAGCAGCAGCAGCAGGUCGGCCGCCACACCUUCUUGGAUGGCAAGACAAACACACUGCAGUCUGGAGCGGAGAAACAACAUGGCCGACACUCCCACAGUAUGGCCGACUCUGCCCACGGAUCCAUGUCCUCCUCGUCUAAAAGUUCAGCAUCUUAUCUCAGCCUGUCCAAGAGCCACAGCGCGCUGAGCGAUGCCAAAUCUGUUGGGAACCUCAGCGAUGGUCGGCUCCACCCAGACGACCCAAACUCCAACACAACAGCGGGAGUAGGACCCAGUGCCCGCUUCUUCCCUGCCAGCUGCUUAGACCUCAAUGCCCCUUCAGGUCCUCAGGGGCCGCCCGGCAGCCCCUCAGCCCGACACAGCGAUCGAUCCGGGCACAGCCCUGCCUCUCGUAGCAGCGGCAAUGUCCGCAUGGAGAGCAGCACGCUGGACUCGUCCUCCAGACACAAAUCCAGACAUAAGCCUUUAACACCAGAGGAUGUCGGCGCUCCGGAGCUCUUAGACCCAGGAGGAGCGGGGAUGCCCUCCACUCACACUCUGCCUUCCCCACACGAGUCUUAUCAUUACGGCCUGGGCUACACCUCCCCCUUCUCCUCUCAGCAGCGGCCCCAACGCCACUCCAUGUACGUGAGGAGGGAGCGCCACCGGCCCCACGGCGUCGAGAGUGGGAUGGCGGGCUUGCCUGCUCCGGGGCAGGUGAUACCGACAAGAGCCAGCAGCCUGCAGCUCCUCUCCCCACAGCUGCAGCACCGCACCACCCUCACCGGACACUCAGUGAGCUCAUCGAGAGAGGACUGCACCGAUGACAUGACGAGGAGUGAGCCGUCCCCUAAAGACAUGAGCCACCCUUGUGCCCCCAUCAAAGACUCUGCGAGGGACAACACUGCUGCUUUUCAUACGCAGCGCUCUAAAAACGAGGUGGGUAUGUACCACGACCCUCAUGUUGAAGAUGGAGGUUCUUCCAAGGAGAACCGGAUGAUCUUCACUGAGUCCAUGCCGCGGAGAGUCGGCAGCUUCUACCGAGUUCCUUCCCCAAGACCAGACAAUUCCUCCUCUUUCCACGACGGCGUUGUCCAGAGUCGAGGGCCAGUCGUCCCCGUUGUACCCGGAGACCCUGUCGUCAUGGGCAACCACUCCAAACGCCAGACGGCUUUUGACUGGAGCACCGCAGAGGCGAUGGUCAUGAACCCUCCGGAGCCCGUCAAAGAGAAGGAAAAACAAGGCUUCUUCAGAGCCAUUAAAAAGAAGAAGAAGAAGACACAAAUAACGGACAUGGAGGACGGGAGGAACCCCAGCAUCAGGAAAAGUCUUUUCCCCCUCUUUAGCUCUAAGAAUAGCUUAAAGCACAACUCAGCUGUCAAAGUCCUACCUGUAGUCGCCUCGCCCAUGGUACAACACCAGCCUACUGCGCCCUACCCAGCCUCACCAGUCACCGGUAUCGGACAGGAACACCUGUCGCUGCAGAGGGGCUCCAAGUCCUCCUCUCAUCACAGCAGCCGACGGAAAAACCGCGAGAGAUCCCGCGACAGGGACCGAGAGCGGGAACAGAGCCGGGACCGAGACCGAGAGAGAGAGAGAGAACGUGAGAGAGAAAGAGAGAGAGAAAGGGAGAGAGAGAGAGGGAGGGAGAGAGAGAGAGUCAGUGAUUGGCCACAAGAGAAACCAGUGGACUCGCACUCACAGAGCCAGCCACUCAAGUCCCUCCGCAGGCUCCUUCAUCUGUCCCCCUCUUCUUCAAAUCAAGGACAGCCUCCUCCUCCUCCUCAAGACCUGCGCUUCCAAGCCCCCCUCUCCAACCCGCCUCAGCCCUCCUCCAAAGCGGGCUACCCCGAGGGUCGAGGGCACGUGGAGAGCAGGGGGCACUCCGGGGUGAGCAGCACCUCCCAGGCCAAGAGCCGCAAGCCCAGCUACCCCCUCCCCGGACAGAUCGAGUCCAGCUGGCACGUGUCUGCUUUACAGCGGGCGGAGGGCGCUCAGUUCACCCCGGAACAGUUGGGCAUCAAACCGGGGCAGAAUGGACCCACGUUUACCCGAGCCUCCCGUAACAGGAUGCCAAACCUCAACGACCUGAAGGAGACUGCGCUUUAAAAAAGAAACCCUCCCAAACCACACCACCUCUAAUAUAGCUCCAUCCUGAAAGCAUCUGUCAAUGCAGACAUCGUGGUACUGUAGUAAAAGUUUACAUGAAGCCUAUUUCACUGGAUCAAGUCCUCAUUCAGAAACACAGUAUCUGAAACCUACACAGACCAGACGCUGACCGGCCAAACACAGACAGCGGCAGCGGUGGCGUCCAGGAGACAGGACAGGGCUGCUCCGUCACAGGAAGUCAGCCCUGCAUCAGUUGUACGUUAUUGUCUCUCUACUGAACAAGGUUCAAACGUAAUAAUCUGAUGUUUCCGUCAAGGAGACCCUGCUCCUGUGGCCUCUCUGCUGCCAUCUCCUGCUCACAGGACGCUACUACAACACAUCUGACAGCCACCGAUGCACCGUGGCCAAUGAACUCAAGCUCUGUUUUUCAAGCUCCGAUAUUUGAUAAGAACAAAAACAAAAGAUUUGUAUCAACAUUAUUUAUUGAAUAUUUAUUUGUUUUAUUCAAGGAUAUAAGCUAUAAAUGACACAGUAUGUAGGCUAUAUGGGAAUAUUAUAAGGUAAUAUAGAAUUAAAUGUGUAAUUGCAAGAGCUUUAGUUUCGACAUGAAGAAAUGCAUAGAUAUUUAUGUGUUGAUAAUACAAUAUGUCACAAGGAAUAUUUAAUAAUGGUGAAUGUCUUUUUUUGUUCGAUUUGAUAUGUUAUUAAGAGAUUUUCUUAUAUGUUAUUUUUAACCUUUUUUUUUCAUCAAAAUAUGAAGAAUUACUGAAAAAGACUUUUUGCCCAAAGUGAAAAAAAACAAAAAAUCAUCUAUAAUCUGCUCAUCACCCUCAUGACAUCACUUUGUGAGUUAAGCGACACAUCAGGCUAUUUGUCAAAGGGUUUGGUAGCAGAGGAGCCAGAGUGAGACUGUUAGACUCUGAACUUACAGAAACAUUCCCAUCACAUUACCUCUCACUCUCAGUGUCAUUGUCAUUUUAGCUCCGUGCUGCCAUGUUGGUUUUGUCUCCAGCCUUAACACUAAGUAUUCACCACACGGCCCUGAUGAGAAGUUUGUCUCUAACAGUGUUUUCAUAUUGUGGGAGAGCGUUCUGCAAAAACCACCUCACGUACAACCUUUAAGAUCUUCAGGGGAAAGUCUGGUUCUAUUCUUUACUUUUGUUAUUGUGACAAAUUCCAUAAAAAAUUUAACUGAAACUGAAUCAGGCCUCAAACGUGUGUCAUCCGCCGUGGAGCUUAUUGCUCUGUUUUCCAAAAUCCUCACAAAUUUAUCAGUGGUUUUAUUUUGAGUCACAUGUUUGCUCCUGUUAAUACCAAUGGAAUCUGAAAAGUAGCCAACAAAUACAGUAUUUAAUGUUGAAUGCUAAAUAAAACGCAGUGAUUACCUGAUUUAAGAAUGAAUUUAGAAUUUUUUAUCAAUUAAACUUAUCUGUACUAAUAGUGAAAUACGCCACGAGAGAAAAGACACUCAAUACCAUACAACAAUACUGCACAAAUAACAUUUUAAGAUUUAAAAUCCAACCUAAGUUUAAUAAAUUAACUGAUAUUUCCUUGUAUACUGAAUUAUCCCAAUUGUCAAAUAUGCUAUUGUUCAAGGUCAUGAUGAACCUGAGGGAACAUCAGAUGAUUGAAAAGAAAAUAAGAGAAAAAAGCUUGAAAUCUUGUUGAAAGUUAUAAGAAGUAACACCAGACUUGAAAUGUUUUUUUAUUUUGUUUUAUUUAUAUUUUUUAUGUUAAUUUGAAAACAUUGCUUCUGUAAAUGCCUUUUUUGUGAAUCUGACUUUGGUUUUUGCAUCGCAACUUUUCUUUGCAACAUCAAUAAUCAUGAUCAGGGAUGAUUUUACUCGAUUGUUCAUAAAAAGCAUUUACUUGUGGCCUCCUGACCCGCAGAGUCAUGUAGAUCACUAUUUGUGGCCUAGGCAAAGUACACGGCGCAGAUUUUCUUCCAGUCUCCUAUUAUCCUUCAUUUCCCUCUUCCACAUCUAAGGAAGCAUUAAAAAAGCAGGAAACAUUUUGCUCCCAGAUGAUGGGAACCAAGGGAAGAAGGACGGGUGGAUGCAUUUGUGCAAAAAUUCAACACGUGGAUAAAAUAAAUAAUUGAAUCUGUCAAAAAAAAGAACCAAUUGACUACUUGGCUGAUUGAGAGCAAUAACGUUGAGAAGGAGCCUCAGACUGAUGCAGAUUGUACCGGCCCAAAUCAGUGGCAGUUAAAUCGGAGCCAAAUAUAGCUCAGUAAAGGAUUUGAGAAGUGCUCACGUAUAAUUACUUAAACAUCGCUCUGCAAUACAUUUUAUUUACAAUUUGUCCUUAAACGCAAAGGGAAGAAACUGAAAGUGCCCCGUGUUGCGUACUAUGGAAAAAUCCUGAUUGCCAAUGAUUGUAAAUGACUGCGAACGUGUGGGUUUGUUUGAAUCAUUGAUGGGACACAGUGGUGACGACGCUUGCCUUGCCGGUGACCUGAAGCCUUACGUUAGCUCUUAAGAUGGAAAUGGAGGCUUCAACCCCCCGAGAGUCACACACGCCGAGAACUGACACAAGAAACAGUUUUGUUCACAAAUAUGAAUGUGUUUCAUAAAACAUCAGUUAUUUUAUAUUUCAUUUAGCAGUUUUCCCCACUUCUUACAGGGUGUAAAUAGAAAUAAUAGAGUGUAUCUAUACUGACCAUUCUACUUUAAAAUUAUAGGGUCUCAUAAUAA